GAGUACAAUGCCUAUUUUAGCUUUAUAUAACACAUUAAUUUUAUUUUUUUCUAUUUGUGUAGUGUAUUAUGAAUCUUACACAUUUAAAAAUUAUAUUUUUAUACUUAUAAUAUGAGUUGGUUCAAACGCAGUAGAGGAUUUGAAAAAAUUGACAAUCUCGAUUUGUCUGCAUGUUUCGAUAGUUUUAACAAACACUGGCAGCAAACUUUUGAAAUAAUUGAGCGGUUUCAAACAUCAAAAGGUGUUAUUAGGUAUGAUGAUAUUGUAGCUGUUAUAAAUCAUUUAAAUCAAUUGAUAAAACUAUUAUUACUUGAUGUACAAUCAUCAAAGUCAACCAAUCAAUCACGAUGUCUUGAAUAUUUUUUGAAUAAUCAACUACUUGGAAAAUUAUACUCAUGGAGUUUAAAAACCGAUCGGUACAAAAGUUAUUUGAAACUGGAACAACUAAAAGUUUAUGGUGUUCUUUUGUCAGAAUUUCGAGGCCAUCAAUUACUUUCUGAUGAUUCUAUAUUAAAUCCUUUAUUAUUAAUUUUAAACUCAUAUGAUGGUGAUUGUUUAUCUGUAGAAAUUGAAAAACAUUUGGUAACUGUAUUAAGACAAUUUUGUGUAGUUCUUUCCCAUCAUCCAAGUAUAUUGAGCAAUGUUUUAAAAGAGAAUACUAAAAAUUCAAAAUGUAUUAUAUUAUCAUUAUUAGUGGCAUUUAUACACCGUGAUGGGUCCAUUGGUGAAGAAGCUCGUGAUGCUCUUUUAAUAUUUGUAUCAUUAUCUCGUCAAAACGAUAUACUAGCUAAUAUUAUAACAUCUAAAUCAAAUGUAAGUCCUGUACUGGCAACUGGUUUGAGCGGUUUAUAUUCAGUAUUACCUCGAAAAUUAGAAAUUGAAAAUGAUUGCUACAGACUGAGUCCAGAAAAUAUAGAAGAUGUUCCAGAACUAAAUAAUUUUUUAGCUUCUGUAGAGCUGUGUAAUGCUGUUGCUAAAAUAUGUCAUAAAACUGUGUAUGAUCAACUUUUAGAUUAUUUAUAUCAUGGGUUCCUUUUACCAGUUGUUGGGCCAGCAUUGAUGCAGGACUUUGAAAAUAAUUGCAGUUUCAAUACACAUUUAUCAUGGGUAGCUGAAGAAGAAGUAGCCACAGCUACAAUUUACUUAGAUUUAUUGCUACGUAGUGUUACACACCCAGGACUUCUACAGACAUUUAUAAAAUUUAUAUUGUGUCAAAGAUUUGAAAAAAUUAAAAUUAUUGAACUUCUUGUAAAUCGAAUUAAUAACAAAUCUUUUAAGGUUUGUAUUGCUACUCUUGCUUUGAUGGAAACAAUUUUAGAUUUAAACUGUGAAGAUGUAAUGUUAGAACUAGUUCUCAAAUAUUUAGUGCCUUGUACACACAUUAUGCUUAGUCAACGUUCACGAAUUAAACAAGUUGAUUCCUAUUGUAAAUCUGCUGAUAUAUUUUUAUCCUUAAUGCCAGAUGUAUUUAAGCAUAGAAAUAUUAAUUCUCAAACUUUAUAUUCUGAAUAUCGAUGUUAUUUAAAUUGUGCACGAAUUAAAAUAGCUGAAUGCGCUAUUGAAACUAAACAUUGGACAUAUUUAUACGAUGGAGAAAAUCCAUCUUACACAAUUGUUGAAUUUAAAACCAAUGAUGUAGAAAAUGAUCAAAACAGCAUUUUAUCAGCUGAUGAUAGUUCAAGUGGAUAUGAAAGUUUUAAAGCUAUGAAAGAUAUUGACAAAUUGCUUGGAAAUGAUGAUGGUAAACCAAGUGAUGAUAUUUUCUCAAACACUUCUUCACCGUGUGAAAGCGACUCACCUACUUGCUUUAUAAGGCAAUCUGCAUUCAAGACAAAAGAACCAUUUACGCAAUACCCUUGUUUGGGUCCAUUUCUUGAGGCUUUAUUUUCAAAACUAGAAAACAUGCCAGAACAAGAUUUUCGAAUCAAUUUACGUUUAACUGCUGUUAUAACUCGUCUAUCUGUAUAUAACAAACCUUUGAUUCAAUCAUUAUUGCUCAAUCAUUCUAUGAUCUUCCAACCAUGUAUUCGUUCUCUAUUUCAAAUAUUGCGUUUUUUAAAACAGACUAUUGAAAUAAAAUUAAGUGGCCGCAUAGAAAAGAUUAUUGAAGCUGAAGCUUUUUUAAUUGAACGAGAAAAUAAACUUAGCAACACCCAAAAUAAUCGCUCAACUAGUGGUAAAGUAUCUGAACCAUUUUUUAGAGGUGAACCUAAACGACGUAGUAUAUCUGUAGCAUUUGGAGCAAUGUUUAAAAGAAAUUCUGGGCAUAAAGACGCUAUAUUAGAAUCAACUACCAAUGGCUACAGGUAUUAUAAAGAAAAUAAAAAAGAAAAUGAAUCCCUCGACUUGCCAAUUAAUGCAAUAAUAUUGGCAGAAUGGCUUAAGGAAUUGUCAGCUAUUUGUCAAGAACACGCAAUUAGUUAGUACAUAUAAAUAAAUUCAACGAAUUAUUAUUAUUUGUACUAUUAGCAAUUAUGAAUAAAUAUAUUUUUACUUCGG